AGACUUUCGGGAGUUGCUGAGAAGUUGGCGCAGCGGCUGCGGCCCUUCUUACUUCCGACCUCCCUGUCUCCACAUUCCCGUCCCGAGCCGCUCCGGGUGUGGGCUGCCUUCUGCCCCAGGAACACCUGCUAGCCGGGAGGAGCCCGGGACCACGCGAAGAUCGGGAGCCCCGCCGCUUCUGCCAAUCGCCGAGUCCCCGGCUUCCCUUCUUGGAGGGAUCGCAGACGACUCAGAAGGAAGGACCGAGUCUACUUUGGCAGCAUCGGGAAGAAAAGAGAGGAGCCCCUUCUUCAGCCAGCUCCCAGAGGGUCAUCUUCUACCCCAGCAGGCAAGGUUGCCACCUUUGCAGCUUGUCCGGUGCCCAAGAGGGCGGCCUGGGCUGGGCAUCAUCUGCUGCCAAGAACAUGACUGCCAAGUUGGUGAUUUCCAUGACUGUUUGCUUAAUGCUGGCGCUUCAAGCUCUGGCAAAACAAGAAAGGCUUAUGAAACCUGAAUUGAACAUCAAUCGUGACUAUAUUAUAGUGGAAGCUGGAGAUUCGUUCAGCAUAACUUGCAGGGGCUCGCAUGGCUUGACAUGGCAAGCGGGAGAUGAACAGGUCACCCAGAGCAAGCGGUGGCACAUUCACAAGCAGAAGUGUUCAGACAAGCCAUGGCAUUCCUGCAGCACAAUUGGAGUUAACCGAGCUGUGGCCAAUGACACCGGCUAUUUCAGCUGCUUCUACGACCACCUCCCCUUGGCUGAGGAACUUAGAGCAAAGUUAUAUGUCUUUGUGAAAGAUCAGUCAGAGCCUUUUGUGCAACCCCACCCAAAACAUCCAGACCUCAUCCAUGUGCACAACAAUACGGAUGUGAUCAAUGUCCCAUGUCGUGUCACCUCACCAGAGAUCAAACCGGAGCUGCUGCUGCAUCAAUCUCCUGAGCCUCUCACCUAUGAGAGGAAGGAAUGGGACCCAAAGAAAGGAUUCACGAUCACUUCACCCUCCAUUGAGUUCUUCAGUAGAAUGAUCAAAUGUGUUGCUACAGUCAACGAGGCACAAUAUGAGACAUAUUACUUGACUCAGAAAGUGGAGGUGCGAGUUUGGGAUGUGGUUGUGAAAGCAACUCCCAAAAAACUCUUGGUUGGAGAAACCCUUAACUUGGAAUGCAAAGGGCAGACGUACUGGAAUGGACGGUUACAGUUUCUAUGGAAAUUUCCAGGAAAAAGGGAACUAAGAGCAGGAAAGAAUUUUGACCAGAGUGUCUCCAUGUACAAAUGCUCUAGUAAUGUGACUAUCACAAAUGUCACAAUGGAAGACAAAGGACAUUACAUAUGCAAAGUGUUCAAUAUGGGCGAAGGAGGUGUAGAAGUCAAUACUACGGUCACAAUACUCAAAGAAGCUUUCAUUAAUUUUGUCAAAAAGAGGCAAAACUUGUAUUAUGAGGCCAAUGCAGGACAAAAAGUACUGAAGCUGGCUUGGAAAGUUGAUGCUUUCCCUCCCCCUGAUGUGGCUUGGUACAAAGAUGGGCAGCUGCUCAAGGCCAAUGACUGCUAUGACUUAGAUCCUGAGAGGUACAGAAUCGUCAUCAGGGAUGUGAGACCGAAGCAUGCUGGGAACUUCACCCUGUAUUUGAGCAACCCCAAGCAUGGUCUCUAUAAAAAUCUCACCAUCCAACUUGUUGUCCUUGAGAAACCUCACAUUUAUGAAAAAGAGAUUGAUUUUUCCAAUACUGAGCUGGUCACUAAAGGAAGAGAGCACAGCCUUCAAUGCACAGCAAGUGGAUGGCCUCUGCCCUCCAUACACUGGGAAUGGGAGCCCUGCAACCAUGCAGACAACCAGUGCAACCAACGUGGAGAAAGAAUCAAAGUUCAGAAAACUGUCAGGCAUGAAACUCCCUAUUUAGCCAACAGGAUCAAGGACAUCAAAAAUAUGCAGUUUACUCAUGGCAAUAUGUUAAAGGUUUUAAGCACUUUGACCAUGACAUCAAGCAACAUCUCCGGAAUCUAUUACUGUGUGGCUACCAACAAGCUGAAGUCCGAAGUGAGGAGCAUCAGGUUCUAUAUCACAGACAUGCAAUCCAGCCUGGAGGCAGACUCCCAAAUGACAGCUAUUGUGACCAGCCACAUCCAGAUGACCUGCAAGUGCUCCAAGUACCUUUACGAUCACCUCACCUGGUACGACCCCACCUUGCAGGAAGUCCCCACAGCUCUCACCCAGAAGAAGGUGGACAACUAUUCCAUCUCCUUAGUGCUGGACAUCCAUAAUGUCUCCCAGGCUCAUGCAGGACUUUACAAGUGCCGAGCGUCAAGCUACCACAAUCGCACCAAGCAACUGGAGAAAAGUACCAUGCUGAGCAUAAAAUUUAAGACAGUUCCUUACAUUAUGGAAAACUUUACUGACCUGGAGGUUAAUGUGAGUGGCACCAUUGUUCUGGAGUGCAAAGUCAAUGGGAUCCCAAAACCUGAUAUUGCUUGGCUGAAAAAUGGCCACCACAUUGCCCCUGCUUCAGGAAUUUCCAUGGAAAACAACACUUUGGUGAUUGAACGAGUGAAAAAGGAUGAUGAGGGUCAGUAUGAAUGCCAAGCGAUCAACGAGAUGGGUCAAGACAGUACCCGGGCGUUUAUUAAAAUAGAAGGCUCUGAAGAAAAAUCCAACAUAGAAGUUAUCAUCUUGGUUUGCACUGGUUUAGCAGCCACUCUCUUUUGGCUCCUUCUGACCCUCUUCAUCCGGAAACUCAGAAAACCGGAUGCCACCGAUAUUAAAACUGGAUAUUUGUCCAUCAUAAUGGACCCAGAGGAGAUGCCCCUGGAUGAGCAGUGCGAACGUCUUCCUUACGACAGCAACAAAUGGGAGUUUCCAAGGGAUCGGCUGCGGCUGGGUAAAACUCUGGGUCAUGGUGCUUUUGGCAAAGUGGUGGAAGCAUCUGCUUUUGGCAUAGAUAAAUCUUCAACCUGCAAAACAGUGGCUGUUAAAAUGCUUAAAGAGUGUGCAACGUCUAAUGAGUGCAAGGCUCUGAUGUCAGAACUGAAGAUCCUGAUCCAUAUUGGACAUCAUCUAAAUGUGGUCAACCUACUGGGGGCUUGUACCAAGCCUGGAGGUCUUUUUCUUCCCCAGCCACCAGGAAAUUCAGACUGCUCAGAGAAAGGAUUGACGGACUCUAUCAGUGACUUAACAGAGCUAAUUAAGAGGCGUCUUGAAAGUGUGGCCAGCACCGGUAGCUCUGCUAGCUCCGGAUUCAUUGAAGACAAGAGUUACACAGAUUCUGAUUCAGAGGAAGAAGACGCUGAAGAUCUUUAUAAGCGACCUCUGACUUUGGAGGACCUGAUUUGCUACAGCUUCCAGGUAGCUAAAGGAAUGGAGUUCCUGGCCUCAAGAAAAUGCAUUCAUAGAGAUUUGGCAGCCAGGAACAUUCUUCUUUCUCAAAACAAUGUGGUGAAGAUUUGUGAUUUUGGAUUGGCCAGAGACAUAUACAAAGAUCCCGAUUAUGUGCGGAAAGGAGAUGCCAGGCUGCCCCUGAAAUGGAUGGCUCCAGAAGCAAUUUUUGACAAAAUCUACACAACUCAGAGUGAUGUCUGGUCCUUCGGUGUGCUGCUUUGGGAAAUAUUUUCCCUAGGGGCUUCUCCAUAUCCAGGGGUCCAGAUUGAUGAGGACUUUUGUCGACGUCUCAAAGAAGGAACCCGGAUGAGGUCUCCAGAGUACUCCACUUCAGAAAUCUACCAGACCAUGCUGGACUGCUGGCACAGCAUCCCAACAGAGAGGCCCACUUUUACCAACCUUGUGGAACGUUUAGGGGAUCUGCUCCAGGCAAAUGUACAGCAGGAUGGGAAAGACUAUAUCCCACUGAACAUCACCUUGUGUCCUGAAGGAGAGUCCAACCCCAAGCUCUGCAUCUUGGAAGAGAACGUGAGCAACUUCAUUCACCGCUGGAGUGCUAUAGAAGCAAGGAGGAAAGCGAUCAACAAAAACAAGGAAUCUGUGUUCAGCGAGCCCGAUCGAGAGUCCGUGAAGUUCCGCCCAAGCGUUCCAGUGGAGGAUGACCUGAUGGAAGACUCCAUUCUCCUGCCGAUGGAAGCCAGCUUGGAAUGUCACAGCCCACCUCCUGAUUAUAACUCUGUGAUCCAAUACUCGGCUCCUCCCGUGUAGCCAUCCAGCCCUGGGGGGACUGCCAGGUUUUGCCUCUCUGACCAUGCAGAGUUCCAAGCCAGUGCCUGGCCUUCUUCUUGCUUAAGAGAAAUCCCAUCCUAAGUGGAGAAGUCAGACCUGGAAGCCCCAGUGUGCAAGGGCAAGUGGGAAUUCUUUUAAGAGCCUCUCAAGCUCUCUGGCUUUUCUUUCUUUACCUUCUCCAAGCAUUGAUGUUUUCUGAAUGCUGCGGUUGUUACAGUCAACCUUUUAUUCAGUGGGGUUUGCUCUCUUAAAGCUCUGGACUGCACACCAAUUCCCCCCCCCCUUUUUUUUGUCCCUGUUAAAAGUUGCUAGGGAAAUUCCAUUCUAAACACUGAGGUUGUUAUCCAGGGAUAAUUAUCCUCCAUAUUUUAUGUAUAGAGAUCAAAACCUAUCCUGGAACUCAGAUUUAUGGCAGAACCUAAAGCAAUCUGCCAGGACAGACCUACUGAGACAUGCACAGAGACUCCCUCAAACUGCAAGUUAUAUUUAGCUGCAACCAACUUGCAGAGCUAGGUUGAGAAAGAUUCCAUGUAGAUAAUUUUGCUUGUUGUACAACAGUGUAAACAACUAAAUGCAAUAAUAAUGAAAAAAUAUAGCACAGGAAAGAAAAAUCUCAGGUGUUUUAGUGGCCAGGAAAGUCAGACCCCAUGAAACUGUGAAUAUAGAAGCUUGUUCUCUAGACCCUAAAGCUGCUACGCUUAAGCUAGGAAUAUUUUCUGCUUAAUGGAUUGCAAGAGAAACCCUUCUGAAGUGCAGCGAGCGUCACUUAAGCAUGGAGAAGGAGCAUGCCUGUUUCCCUCUCUCUGUUGUAAGAAGCAAUGAGGUUACAGUAAGCAGAGGCUUGCUUUGAAAAGCCCUUAAUUUGCCGAUAAUUUAGUCAUAGGAUCAGUGGGAAAAGGACAGUAUAACCUACAUCUCGCAUAUUCUCAGAUGUUCCAAGUUCACCUGGGGGCAAAUUAAUUUGGAUUCUGUGCAGAGAUGUUGGGGACAGAAGGAUAUUCAAAAAAUCAAGGUGGUCAGGCUUUGCUCAGGUAGUCCUGACCACCUUCUGGAACUUUUUAAAAAUUACUUUCCAACACUCACCCACCCCAGGCCCUUGAUUCUGUGCCUUACUCUCUGACACAGGAAUGGAAGUUAGCAUGAGAAAGUUUUGCUUAUAUAUGCUAAGUCUUUGAGUAAGUUACUAGGACCAAAGAAAGUGUGACUGCAAUGCCUUAAAAACUUUGACUGUAAAAAGCAAUAGUCAUAUAACCAAACAGUCAGGGAAAUACUGCUGCCAGCCAAAUCUAUCGCCUUUUUUUUUUACAUAUGUAGGUUAAAAGUUAAGAAGGACUAAAGUAGUGUUUCUCAACAUGGGCUUAAGAUGUGUGAACUUCAACUCCCAGAAUCCCCCAGUCAGUGUAGCUUGGAAAAGCUUUCUUUGGUGAUUUUGGAAGGUCAGACCUUUUAAAGAAACAGAAGGACAACAAACAGUUGUGAAGCUGCUGAUCCAUUUGUUGUAUCUAGAAAGAAAGCCAUUUUUCCAAAUCGUUUUCAAAUUUUUGAGAAGGCAGUCAUUGGCAUCCCAACCACACACAGGUGACUCAAGAUCUGUUAGCCAGAUUAACAAAUCACAUGUAGGCGAAGCCAAAGCACACCGUGGUUUAGGGAAAUGCAUAACUCUUGCCACUGCUACAUUUUCCCAGCCAGGAGUCUGCUCCUUGGAUCAAUCAGCUUGGGAGCCAAAACAAGAUUCCAACUUCAUGUCAAGGGUCACAUUUCUAAAGUAGGCAGUACCAGAGCUGGGUUCCCUGGGGAUGUGGUUCCAAGGCUCUUGAGGGGGAAGAAGGGGUUCUUAAGCUCUCCCAGUGAAAAAUGGAUGCUGCUAGGCUGUUGAAGAUGGGGCUGCUGCAAGUCUCAGCUAUUUCUCUGUCUGUUAAGAUCAGUGGCACUUAUAGCCAUCACAAACAGGAACUCUAAAGGCAGUUGAAGGAAGAUCUUCCUUCCUUCCUUCCUUCCUUCCUUCCUUCCUUCCUUCCUUCCUUCCUUCCUUCCGCUUC